AUGAGUUACUCUGCAGUGAACUUCACCAUACAUGAAGCAUCUACCAACCCUACAAACACUGAAAUUGACAUCCUAGGAUCGUGUCUUUUUGGCUUCAGUUCCUUGUUUGGUCUUCCUACACACUUCUAUGUUAUAUGGCUCAUCUUGACGGGAACACAAAGCGGAGUUGCAUCAGAGUUCUUCAACCUCAAUCUCUCUGUUUGUGGGAUCUUUGUCUCUGUGAACGCUUUGCUCAUUCUAGUCUCAAAAUGGUUUCCAUUUCAAAGUCUCACAGCAUUAACGCAGUUUUUCUUCGGACUUACUGUCACUGGUCAUCCUCUGUUUCAGUGUCUGAUGUGUGCUGAGCGUUACCUGGCAGUGGUUCAUCCUGUAACCUUUCUAAAGUACAAACCUCUCAGAUAUAGAGUGAUCUGCUGCACUGCGGUCUGGAUAACCACUCUUGGAUCAUGUUUGUGCUGCAUGCUUGGUCUUCUUCUUAUGUUUACUGUUUACACGUUUAUGUGGUUCCUCUCAAUUCAAUUCAUAGUCUACCUCUCCAUUCAGUUGUUCUGCUGUGUGGCUGUUCUCAGAGCUCUGAAGCAGUCAGGACCAGGAGAGAGAGGGAGAGAGAGAGAGGAGGAAAACCACAUGAAGAGAAGAGCGUUUCAUCUCAUUGUAAUAACUACUGUGAACACAGUUAUCACAUAUGCUCCUUUUACAAUAACUGGAUUGAUAUCUGCUGUGUCAGAGCAGCGUUUUCACAUUUUUUGGGUUCUUAGUAAUAUUUGUUUUUUGUUGGCUUAUUUAGUUCCGCCAAUUCUUUAUCUGCAACGAAAUAGAAAACUUCCCUGUCUCAGCUUCUGUAACAUGUAG